CCAUGUGGAUGUGCUGCUGAAGCGUUUCCUCAAGCUCGCUGGGGUGGGAGGAGAGGAGGAGGAGGUGGUGGUGGAGGAGGAGGAGGCAGAGGGUGGAGAGAGAGAAAGCGCACGCCGAGAGGAGGUGUGGGUGUUCUGUUUCCAUCCUAACGGAACGAACUCCCUGUUCGCGGACAUGGGAUUACCCAGCGGCUGCUAACCCCUCUCCUCGCCCUGCUCCCCCAGCCCGGCGUGGCUCCCGGGCACCAAGGAGCUGACUACAGAGGAGCAGGAUUCGCACAGCUGGCGUGUUUGGGCAACAGAGUGCCUGACCUCGGUCAGGCUUUUCGAGAAAGACAUGUCUGACAAGAUGUCUAGUUUCCUACAUAUUGGAGACAUUUGUUCUUUGUACGCGGAAGGAUCGACAAAUGGAUUUAUUAGCACCUUGGGCCUGGUUGACGAUCGUUGUGUUGUACAGCCAGAAGCUGGGGACCUUAAUAAUCCACCCAAGAAAUUCAGAGAUUGCCUCUUUAAGCUAUGUCCCAUGAAUCGCUACUCUGCCCAGAAGCAGUUCUGGAAAGCUGCCAAGCCAGGGGCCAACAGUACAACCGAUGCAGUGCUGCUCAACAAACUGCACCAUGCUGCAGACUUGGAAAAGAAGCAGAAUGAGACAGAAAACAGGAAAUUGCUUGGGACCGUAAUCCAGUAUGGCAACGUGAUCCAGCUCCUGCAUUUGAAAAGUAAUAAAUACCUAACUGUGAAUAAGAGGCUUCCAGCGCUCCUGGAGAAGAAUGCCAUGAGAGUGACUUUGGACGAAGCUGGAAAUGAAGGGUCCUGGUUUUAUAUUCAGCCGUUCUACAAACUGCGAUCCAUCGGAGACAGUGUGGUCAUAGGUGACAAGGUUGUACUGAACCCCGUCAAUGCUGGCCAGCCCCUACAUGCCAGCAGCCAUCAGCUGGUGGAUAACCCAGGCUGCAAUGAGGUAAAUUCUGUCAACUGCAAUACUAGCUGGAAAAUUGUCCUUUUCAUGAAAUGGAGCGAUAACAAAGAUGACAUACUGAAGGGGGGUGACGUGGUAAGGCUGUUCCAUGCGGAGCAGGAGAAGUUCCUCACCUGUGAUGAGCACAGGAAGAAGCAGCAUGUGUUCUUGAGAACUACAGGCCGGCAGUCAGCUACAUCUGCCACGAGUUCAAAGGCCCUGUGGGAGGUGGAGGUAGUCCAACAUGACCCAUGCCGGGGUGGAGCCGGAUACUGGAAUAGCCUCUUCCGUUUCAAGCAUCUUGCUACUGGGCAUUACUUAGCAGCAGAGGUAGACCCUGACUUUGAGGAAGAAUGCCUGGAGUUUCAGCCCUCAGUGGAUCCUGAUCAGGAUGCCUCUCGAAGCAGGUUGCGAAAUGCCCAAGAAAAGAUGGUGUACUCCCUGGUCUCUGUGCCUGAGGGCAAUGACAUCUCCUCCAUUUUUGAGCUGGACCCCACCACUCUCCGUGGAGGUGAUAGCCUUGUCCCAAGAAACUCCUAUGUCCGACUCAGACACCUUUGCACUAAUACCUGGGUUCAUAGCACAAAUAUCCCAAUCGACAAGGAAGAAGAAAAACCUGUAAUGCUGAAAAUUGGCACCUCCCCUGUGAAGGAGGAUAAGGAAGCAUUUGCCAUAGUUCCGGUUUCUCCUGCUGAGGUUCGGGACCUGGAUUUUGCCAAUGACGCCAGCAAGGUGCUGGGCUCUAUAGCUGGGAAGCUGGAGAAAGGCACCAUCACUCAGAAUGAAAGAAGGUCUGUAACCAAGCUGCUAGAAGACUUGGUUUACUUUGUCACUGGUGGCACUAACUCUGGUCAAGAUGUGCUUGAAGUGGUCUUCUCCAAGCCUAACAGAGAACGGCAGAAGCUGAUGAGAGAACAGAAUAUCCUCAAGCAGAUCUUCAAAUUGUUACAAGCCCCGUUCACAGACUGUGGCGAUGGCCCAAUGCUGCGGCUCGAGGAGCUUGGGGACCAGCGGCAUGCUCCUUUCAGACAUAUCUGUCGGCUCUGCUACAGGGUCCUGAGACACUCUCAGCAAGACUACAGGAAAAACCAGGAGUACAUAGCCAAGCAGUUUGGCUUUAUGCAGAAGCAGAUUGGCUAUGAUGUGUUGGCCGAAGACACCAUCACCGCCCUGCUUCACAAUAACCGAAAACUCCUGGAAAAACACAUCACCGCCGCUGAGAUCGACACGUUUGUCAGUCUGGUGCGAAAGAACAGGGAGCCCAGAUUCUUAGAUUACCUCUCCGACCUCUGUGUUUCCAUGAACAAAUCGAUCCCGGUGACCCAGGAACUGAUAUGUAAAGCUGUGCUGAAUCCAACCAAUGCUGACAUCCUGAUUGAGACCAAGCUGGUUCUUUCUCGUUUUGAAUUUGAGGGUGUUUCUACUGGAGAGAAUGCUCUGGAAGCAGGAGAAGACGAGGAAGAGGUGUGGCUCUUUUGGAGGGACAGCAACAAGGAGAUUCGCAGCAAAAGUGUCCGGGAACUGGCCCAAGAUGCCAAAGAAGGGCAGAAGGAGGACCGCGAUGUUCUCAGCUACUACAGGUAUCAGUUGAACCUUUUUGCUAGGAUGUGUCUAGACCGCCAGUACCUGGCCAUCAAUGAAAUAUCAGGCCAGCUGGAUGUAGAUCUCAUUCUCCGCUGCAUGUCUGAUGAGAACCUGCCCUAUGACCUGAGGGCAUCCUUCUGCCGCCUCAUGCUUCAUAUGCACGUGGACCGAGAUCCCCAGGAACAAGUCACUCCCGUGAAAUAUGCCCGCCUCUGGUCUGAGAUUCCCUCGGAGAUCGCCAUUGAUGACUAUGAUAGUAGCGGAGCUUCCAAAGAUGAAAUUAAGGAGAGGUUUGCUCAGACCAUGGAAUUUGUGGAGGAGUAUUUAAGAGAUGUGGUUUGUCAGAGGUUUCCUUUCUCUGAUAAGGAGAAAAAUAAGCUUACAUUUGAGGUUGUAAAUUUAGCUAGGAAUCUCAUCUACUUUGGUUUCUACAACUUCUCUGACCUUCUACGAUUGACCAAAAUUCUCCUGGCCAUACUGGACUGUGUGCAUGUGACGACCAUCUUUCCCAUUAGUAAGAUGGCGAAAGGAGAAGAGAAUAAAGGAAGUAAUGUAAUGCGGUCCAUCCAUGGGGUUGGAGAGCUGAUGACCCAGGUGGUGCUCCGCGGAGGAGGCUUUUUACCCAUGACUCCUAUGGCUGCUGCCCCUGAAGGCAACGUGAAGCAGACAGAGCCAGAGAAGGAGGAUAUCAUGGUCAUGGACACCAAGUUGAAGAUCAUUGAAAUACUCCAGUUUAUUUUGAAUGUGAGGUUGGAUUAUAGGAUCUCCUGCCUCCUGUGUAUAUUUAAGCGAGAAUUUGAUGAAAGCAAUUCCCAGACUUCGGAAACAUCCUCCGGAGGCAGCAGCCAAGAGGGGCCAAGUAACGUACCAGGUACUCUUGACUUUGAACAUAUUGAAGAGCAAGCAGAAGGCAUCUUUGGAGGAAGUGAGGAGAACACACCGCUGGACUUGGACGACCAUGGUGGCAGAACCUUCCUCCGAGUCUUGCUGCAUUUGACAAUGCACGACUACCCACCCCUGGUGUCAGGGGCCCUGCAGCUCCUCUUUCGGCACUUCAGUCAGAGGCAGGAGGUCCUGCAGGCCUUCAAACAGGUUCAGCUGCUUGUUACCAGCCAAGAUGUGGACAACUACAAACAGAUCAAACAAGACUUGGACCAGCUGAGAUCCAUCGUGGAAAAGUCGGAGCUUUGGGUGUACAAAGGGCAGGGCCCUGAUGAGGCCAUGGAUGGUGUCUCUGGUGAAAUCGAACAUAAGAAAACAGAGGAGGGGAAUAACAAGUCACAGAAGCAUGAGAGCACCAGCAGCUACAAUUACAGGGUGGUCAAAGAGAUCCUGAUUCGGCUCAGCAAACUCUGCGUGCAGGAGAGCGCCACCGUGAGGAAGAGCAAGAAGCAGCAGCAGCGCCUGCUCCGGAACAUGGGCGCGCACGCAGUGGUGCUUGAGCUGCUGCAGAUCCCCUACGAGAAGGCUGAAGAUACCAAGAUGCAGGAGAUAAUGAGGCUGGCUCAUGAAUUUCUGCAGAAUUUCUGUGCUGGCAACCAGCAGAAUCAAGCAUUGCUGCACAAACACAUAAACCUGUUUCUCAACCCAGGGAUCCUGGAGGCGGUAACCAUGCAGCACAUCUUCAUGAACAACUUCCAGCUCUGCAGUGAGAUCAAUGAAAGGGUCGUCCAGCACUUUGUUCACUGCAUCGAGACUCACGGUCGGAACGUCCAGUACAUCAAGUUCUUGCAGACGAUUGUCAAGGCGGAAGGGAAAUUCAUUAAAAAGUGCCAAGACAUGGUUAUGGCUGAGCUGGUUAAUUCGGGAGAGGACGUCCUCGUGUUCUACAAUGACAGAGCCUCUUUCCAGACCCUAAUCCAGAUGAUGAGGUCAGAGCGGGACCGGAUGGAUGAGAACAGCCCUCUCAUGUACCACAUCCACCUGGUUGAGCUCUUGGCCGUAUGCACUGAGGGCAAGAACGUCUAUACAGAGAUAAAGUGCAACUCUCUGCUCCCACUGGAUGACAUUGUCCGUGUAGUGACUCAUGAGGAUUGCAUCCCCGAGGUUAAAAUUGCCUACAUUAACUUCCUUAAUCACUGCUACGUGGAUACUGAGGUGGAAAUGAAGGAGAUUUAUACCAGCAAUCACAUGUGGAAGUUGUUUGAGAAUUUCCUUGUAGACAUCUGCAGGGCCUGUAACAACACAAGUGACAGGAAGCAUGCAGACUCAAUUUUGGAAAAGUACGUUACUGAAAUCGUCAUGAGUAUCGUUACUACCUUCUUCAGUUCUCCCUUCUCAGACCAGAGUACUACCCUGCAGACUCGCCAGCCUGUCUUUGUGCAACUGCUACAAGGUGUGUUCAGGGUUUACCACUGCAACUGGUUAAUGCCGAGCCAAAAAGCCUCUGUGGAGAGCUGUAUUCGGGUGCUCUCUGAUGUAGCCAAGAGCCGGGCCAUCGCUAUUCCUGUGGACCUGGACAGCCAAGUCAACAACCUCUUCCUGAAGUCUCACAACAUUGUGCAGAAAACUGCCAUGAACUGGCGACUGACCGCCCGCAAUGCGGCUCGCAGAGACUCUGUUCUGGCGGCUUCCAGAGACUACCGGAAUAUCAUUGAGAGAUUGCAGGACAUUGUCUCAGCCCUGGAGGACCGACUGAGGCCCCUGGUCCAGGCAGAGUUAUCUGUGCUCGUGGAUGUGCUCCACCGACCUGAGCUACUUUUCCCAGAGAACACAGAUGCCAGAAGAAAGUGCGAAAGCGGUGGCUUCAUUUGCAAGUUAAUAAAGCAUACUAAACAGCUGCUAGAGGAGAAUGAAGAGAAACUCUGCAUUAAGGUCCUGCAGACUCUCAGAGAAAUGAUGACCAAAGAUAGAGGCUAUGGAGAAAAGCUAAUUUCCAUUGAUGAAUUGGAUAAUGCUGAGCUACCACAAGCUCCGGAUUCUGAGAACUCCACAGAGCAGGAACUUGAACCGAGUCCCCCCCUGAGGCAACUGGAAGACCAUAAAAGGGGUGAGGCGCUCAGGCAAAUUUUGGUCAACCGUUAUUAUGGAAACAUCAGACCUUCAGGAAGAAGAGAAAGCCUCACCAGCUUUGGCAAUGGCCCGCUGUCACCAGGAGGACCCAGCAAGCCUGGGGGAGGAGCGGGAGGCUCUGGGUCCAGCUCCACAAGCAGGGGUGAGAUGAGCCUGGCUGAGGUUCAGUGCCACCUCGACAAGGAGGGUGCCUCUAAUCUGGUCAUUGACCUCAUAAUGAACGCGUCCAGUGACCGAGUGUUUCAUGAAAGCAUUCUCCUGGCCAUUGCCCUUCUGGAAGGAGGCAACACCACUAUACAGCACUCCUUUUUCUGCCGGUUAACAGAAGAUAAGAAGUCGGAAAAAUUCUUCAAGGUCUUCUAUGACCGAAUGAAGGUGGCCCAGCAGGAAAUCAAGGCAACAGUGACUGUGAACACCAGUGACUUGGGCAAUAAAAAGAAAGAUGAUGAGAUAGACAGGGAUGCCCCAUCACGGAAAAAAGCCAAAGAGCCCUCAACACAAAUAACAGAAGAGGUCCGAGAUCAGCUCCUGGAGGCCUCUGCUGCCACGAGGAAAGCCUUCACCACCUUCAGGAGGGAGGCUGACCCCGACGAUCACUACCCGUCUGGGGAAGGUGCCCAGGCUACAGCGGACAAGACCAAGGAUGACCUGGAGAUGAGUGCAGUCAUCACCAUCAUGCAGCCCAUUCUCCGGUUCCUGCAGCUCCUGUGUGAAAACCACAACCGAGACCUGCAGAACUUCCUUCGUUGUCAAAAUAACAAGACCAACUACAAUUUGGUGUGUGAGACACUACAGUUCCUGGACUGUAUUUGCGGAAGCACUACUGGAGGUCUUGGUCUUCUCGGGCUCUAUAUAAAUGAAAAGAACGUAGCCCUUAUCAACCAAACCCUGGAAAGUCUGACUGAAUACUGUCAAGGACCGUGCCAUGAGAACCAGAACUGCAUAGCCACCCAUGAAUCCAAUGGCAUUGACAUCAUCACAGCCCUGAUCCUUAAUGACAUCAAUCCUUUGGGAAAGAAGAGGAUGGACCUUGUAUUGGAACUGAAGAACAAUGCUUCCAAGUUGCUGCUGGCCAUCAUGGAGAGCAGGCACGACAGCGAGAAUGCAGAGCGGAUACUUUACAACAUGAGGCCAAAAGAACUGGUGGAAGUGAUCAAGAAAGCCUACAUGCAAGGCGAAGUGGAAUUUGAGGAUGGAGAAAAUGGUGAGGACGGAGCUGCCUCCCCCAGGAACGUGGGGCACAACAUCUACAUAUUAGCUCAUCAGUUGGCUCGGCAUAACAAAGAACUCCAGACCAUGCUGAAACCUGGUGGCCAAGUGGAUGGGGAUGAAGCUCUGGAGUUUUAUGCCAAGCACACAGCCCAGAUAGAGAUUGUCAGAUUAGACCGAACCAUGGAACAGAUUGUGUUCCCUGUGCCCAGCAUAUGUGAAUUCCUAACCAAGGAGUCAAAACUACGAAUAUACUAUACUACAGAGAGGGAUGAACAAGGCAGCAAGAUCAAUGACUUCUUCCUGCGGUCCGAGGACCUCUUCAAUGAAAUGAACUGGCAAAAGAAACUGAGAGCCCAGCCCGUUCUGUAUUGGUGUGCCCGCAACAUGUCUUUCUGGAGCAGCAUUUCAUUUAACCUGGCUGUCCUGAUGAACCUGCUUGUGGCGUUUUUCUACCCAUUUAAAGGAGUUCGAGGAGGAACACUGGAGCCACACUGGUCAGGACUGCUGUGGACAGCCAUGCUCAUCUCUCUGGCCAUUGUCAUUGCCCUCCCCAAGCCCCAUGGCAUCCGGGCCUUAAUUGCCUCCACAAUUCUCCGGUUGAUAUUUUCGGUUGGGUUACAACCCACGUUGUUUCUUCUGGGAGCUUUCAACGUCUGCAAUAAAAUCAUCUUUCUGAUGAGCUUUGUGGGCAACUGUGGAACGUUCACCAGAGGCUACCGAGCCAUGGUUCUGGAUGUUGAGUUCCUUUACCAUUUGUUAUAUCUGCUGAUCUGCGCCAUGGGGCUCUUCGUCCACGAGUUCUUCUACAGUUUGCUGCUUUUUGAUUUGGUAUACAGAGAAGAGACUCUGCUUAAUGUCAUUAAAAGUGUCACUCGCAAUGGCCGGUCCAUCAUCUUGACAGCAGUUCUGGCUUUGAUCCUGGUUUACCUGUUCUCAAUAGUGGGCUAUCUUUUCUUCAAAGAUGAUUUUAUCUUGGAAGUAGACAGGUUGCCCAAUGAAACAGCUCUUCCAGAAGCCGGAGAGAGUUUGGCAAGCGAGUUCCUGUAUUCUGACGUGUGUAGGGUGGAGACUGGGGAGAACUGUUCCUCUCCUGCACCCAAAGAAGAGCUGGUCCUCACAGAAGAGACGGAGCAAGACAAGGAGCACACGUGUGAGACACUUCUGAUGUGCAUUGUCACGGUGCUGAGUCACGGGCUGAGGAGCGGGGGCGGAGUAGGAGACGUGCUCAGGAAACCAUCCAAAGAGGAGCCCCUCUUUGCUGCCAGAGUAAUCUAUGACCUCUUGUUCUUCUUCAUGGUCAUCAUCAUCGUCCUUAAUCUGAUUUUCGGGGUCAUCAUUGACACCUUUGCUGACCUGAGGAGUGAAAAGCAGAAGAAAGAGGAGAUCUUAAAGACCACGUGCUUUAUCUGUGGCUUGGAAAGAGACAAGUUUGACAACAAGACUGUCACCUUUGAAGAGCACAUCAAGGAAGAACACAACAUGUGGCACUAUCUGUGCUUCAUCGUGCUGGUGAAAGUGAAGGACUCUACAGAGUACACCGGGCCCGAGAGUUAUGUGGCAGAAAUGAUCAAGGAAAGAAACCUUGACUGGUUCCCCAGGAUGAGAGCCAUGUCCCUGGUCAGCAGUGACUCUGAAGGGGAGCAGAAUGAGCUGAGGAACCUGCAGGAGAAGCUGGAGUCCACCAUGAAGCUUGUCACUAACCUUUCCGGCCAACUGUCAGAAUUAAAGGAUCAGAUGACAGAACAAAGGAAGCAGAAACAAAGAAUUGGUCUUCUAGGACAUCCUCCUCAUAUGAAUGUCAACCCACAGCAACCAGCAUAAGCAAAUGAAAUUAAGGAAUCUUAUUUACCUUUUUUAAUGAUCAUUAGUGUGGGAAUGGCUAAUUAGUUCUGGUUCACCCACAAAGAUUACAGUAAUGCUUAGUACAUUUGUAAAUAAUCAGUUUUAUACUGUAUGUAUAUGAUUGCUACUCUAAAGGUUUGGAUAUAUGUAUUGUAAUUAGAAUUGUUGGCAUGAUGAAAUUUCAUUUGUGCCAAAAAUAUUAAAAAUGCCUUUUUUGGAAGGACUAAAGAAAGCACCUGAUUUGCACUUGAACCAGAUUAUAGAUUUAAACUAUAUGACAUGUAUUUUGUAUUUAAAACUAGAAUAGCCAGUAUUUAUGUUUUUUAUAAAACUGUGCAAUACGAAUUAUGCAAUCACAAUAAAUUUGUAACUCCUGAGUGUCCUAAAGGGAGUGCACAUCUUUGAAGCUGGUGUGUUAAUACUAUGUAAUAAAUGGUUAAAUAUCAAAUGAUGCUGCUGCCAAAAUCAUAUUAAUAGUGAGUUUCAGGCCCCUGGGCAUUUUGUACCAUGUAAUUAUCCUGUGGUGAUACUGUUUCUCGUUGCUCGUGGCAUUAGUGCCUCUGUCUCAUAGUGACAGUGCUCCAAGUCAGCAUUCAUUUUGAGAAAAGCAACUUUAGUUUCAAAGAUAAUUUUAAGCUUCUGAACUGAUCAUUUAAACUAUUUCUUUAAAUAAGAGAGCUAAAUUAGAAGCUCAGACUUUAGCUUGUGAAGUUAAUGAGUUUUUUAAAAGGAACUUUUGAUGCAACGUUUGGAAAAAAUGCACACUGCUGGCCAAUCAAUGUCAUCUCCUAGGUGAAUUUUGGUGUCACAUUAUAAAGAAAUGAAUAAUUGAUGGUGUCUAGAUUAUCUAGUCCAAACAGUAGAUUUUCUUCUUCAUCUGAACCAACAUGCUAUAGUAGCUAAGAAGUAUUAAAGUAUAUACAUCCAUAUAAAGAGGAAAUAUCAUCUAUCCCAUUAGAACUCCUAGUUGAACACUGACAUGUUAUUCUUGUGAAAGAGCCACGUUUUGGUUUUAUUUCCUUGUCACAUGAUUUCUUUCCUUGAUGGAUGAAAAGUAUGAAAGGAAACUUUUAUAUCUGUCGCCUAGUUUUGUACAUGGAUCUCAUUUUACAAGAGAAUCUCUCUGCAAAAAGUUUAAAAAUGUACUGAAAGCAGAGUUCUGAAAUGAGUCAAGUUUGUAAAUGCAUAUAUAAAAAUAAAUAUUUAAUGAUGCAGAA